AUGGGCCUGUCCAGCCAGUUGCCGAGUGAUGCUGCUGCCGCCCUGGGGACCAUGCUCCCACGGGCCACCUCUGCCGCCUACGAAGCUUGUGGCAAGCCCUGGUGGCCGCAGGAGGUGGACGCGAGCCGCCACUGGCCCUGGGAGGCGAGCCUCCGCGUGGACCAUGAGCACGUGUGUGGAGGGGCCCUCGUGGGCCACAGCUGGGUGCUGACCGCCGCCCACUGCAUCCAAGGCACCAAAGAGUACUCCGUGACCCUCGGCACAGCUCGGCUGCAGCCCCCGGACCCCCAAAAGGCCGUCUCGGUCCCGGUGAAGGACAUCGUCGUGCACCCCAAGUUCUGGGGCCGCACCUUCACCACAGGCGACGUGGCCCUGCUCCAGCUGCAGGCCCCCGUGGCCUUCAGUGAGUCCGUGCAGCCCAUCUGCCUCCCGGAGCCCGCCUUCGACCUGAAGGUGGGGACGCAGUGCUGGGUGACGGGCUGGGGCCGGGCCAAGCUGCGCUACUCAGCCAACUCCACGCUGACCCGGGAGCUGCGGGAGGCCAAGGUGUUCAUCAUAGGCAACAAGAGGUGCGACCAGAUGUACCGGAAGGAGUCCUCCAUCCCCCACAUCUCGCCCUUGGUCCUGGGGGAUAUGAUCUGUGCCACCAAUUUCGGGGAAAACCUGUGCAAUGGGGACCCCGGGGGCCCGUUGGCUUGCGAAGUGGAGGGCCGGUGGAUCCUGGCCGGGGUGAUGUCCUGGGAGAAGGCCUGUGCCAAAGCGCAGAACCCGGGUGUGUACUCGCGCGUCACCAGAUACAGCAAAUGGAUAAAGAACCAGAUGAGCAGCGGGCCGCCCUCGGGCCCCGGCACCCCCGUCCGGCUCCUCCUCCUGUCCUGGCUGCUGCCUCCCCAGGUGGGCCCCUGACCGGCCCCCUCCGGAAUGGGGCCACACCAAGGUUAGACCCAGGCCACCUGUCCCUAUUCAGCCAGAGUCAGGGUGGGGACAGAGUGGCCCCGGGGAGCCUGGUCCUGCCUGGGCAGUCCGUAG